GUAGUCCACCUGACAGUUUUUUUUUCAAAGACGGUCCCGAGCCUAUCAGGCCAGCUCAGGCCCGUAGUAGGCCGUGCUUGCAUUUUAGUACUGCUGUGUGUGGCUGUGCUCCGAAGAAGCACUUGCGGGUCACGACCAUAAUAUUCCAUCGCCCUCCAAGUACUCUGCUGGCUUUCCGCUCAACUACUCAUCGUGGCCCGUGCUGGCCACCUUUCGACGCAUAUUGCCUCUCGGAUUCCUCUCAAGAACCCAACAAUCCUACAGGAGUAAUACCCUCCCUAUCCCUGAGUCUAGGCAUAGUCCCCCUCAGGCUUCAAACAUGCCUUCAGACAGCCCCCCGCCAACCAAAGCCGGCCUCCUCAAGUGGUGGACUCAAUUCACCCAUGCUCAGAAUCGCAAAAAGGAUUCAGACCCGAGUAGAACUGUAGAUCAGCCUGAGGAGGAACAUCCGGUGUUUCAAAAACCACUCAAAGAGAGUCUAAGAUAUGCAAGCGUGCAGAUUUCGACUGCAAAUGCAAACGGCGAGCUGUACGUUUGGGGCUACAUACCUGUCGUUGUAGCGAAAUGUGGUCUGUAUCUCAAAGAAAAUGCUACAGAGGUAGAGGGAACAUUUCGUGUCAACGGUUCUAAUAAGCGCAUGCGAGAUCUACAAGCCGCUUUCGAGACACCCCCACGGUACGGGAAAUCGCUGGACUGGAAAAAUGAGCACUUUACAACACAUGACGUCGCGAGCGUCUUUCGUAGAUAUCUAACUCAGAUGCCUGAGCCUGUAAUACCACACGAUAUGUAUCACGAUUUCCGGGACGUUUUGGGAAAGAAACCAUUCAACCAUGAUGAAGUGAUUGCAACGUACAAGCGUCUAAUUCAACGUAUGCCCCGUGCGAACCAAUACCUUCUUCUCUACGUAUUGGAUCUAUUAUCAGUAUUUGCACGAAAAUCAGAUAAAAAUCUUAUGACAGCCACAAAUCUCGCGGUAAUUUUUCGGCCCGGCCUUAUAUCCCAUCCUAACCAUGAAAUGUCCCCUGGGGAGCACGCGCUAAGCCAACGUGUUCUCGAAUUCCUCAUUGCGCAACAGGAUUGGUUCUUACUCGACAUACCACCGCCACCACGAUCGGAGCAGAGCUCCUCGUGGAAGCCUCCACCACGGCCCCAACACGCGCACACACAGGUACCAAGUGAGGAUGACUCGGAUCUUGUUGUUGUGCCUAGUUCAGAUGACGAGCACACGUCAAUUGCUGGAGGGUGGAAGCUUGUCGGCCGUGACAGACGGCGUAUUUACCGGCGCCGCACAACGCUAGAAUACACUGAUUCGCUCGACAGAACAAAAGAUGUUGAUAGUGGGCAAUUGUCGCCUGUCUUGGAGACACCAACAUCACGCCCCGUAAGCCAAGCUUCAAGUCCUGCAGCAGUAGGAGUGAGCCGAAGUCGGACACUGCCCUCUAAUCGAGCAAGUACGGACGACGAGAAACACCGUGCUAGGGUGCUCAGAAAACAGAAGCGAACAUCAGCUCAGCCGCGACACCCAACUGCACCUGGGGGGCAUGCGGGUGGGUAGGAUGGGUGAAAAUGGUGAAAGUGGAGUCCUCUGGAAGUUUGUGAUAUUGAUAUACCUGGAGGCGGGCACGGCGUUGUUGUGCCGAGUUCCCGAUCGCCCAUUUGUUUUCCCUUCCGGUCUGGACAAUUGCAUUUGAGUAUUCUAUGUACACUUCAGGGUUAUUGUAGUACUUUGGGAGAUAACAGACAGGACACUUGGAGUUGUUUUCA